AUGAAACUGUUCAGGAAAGAACGAAUUUUUGCUAAAUUCCAAGAGCGAGUGGCGUACAUCAUGGAACUGAAAUAUACAAAUAGCUUUAAGAUUGAUCUGCAAGUGGAUUUGGAUAUGACACGUUGCGUUUCCGUGCAGUUUCUGGAUUCGUUACUCACGCAA